AAUAUUUGCUUCCUUCGGUUAGCCGGUGCCGCCGAUUCUUCUGUUUCUUCUUCGCCGUGACGGUCAGAGGAAUCUCUUGAUAUAACGCAAGGGCGCUAUAUUCAAUCUAUUGAGAUUGAACAUUGAAAUAGCAGGCUGAUUUUGGAAAAUGGCUCCCAGUUUAAUCAAUGCAAACCCUGUUGUGUAUGAAGUUAAAGAUCGUCGGACAAGAAUAUCAACAACUGUUGUGGAUGAAUACUCUGUGGAACCCAUCGAUGAACAAGAAAUUUUCGAUCAUAUUAGAGACAUAAAAGACCCUGAGCAUCCUUAUUCCCUCGAAGAGCUAAAAGUUAUAUCAGAGGAAGCUGUUGAGGUAGAUGACAAGAAAAGCUACGUGAGGAUUACUUUCACUCCAACAGUUGAGCAUUGCAGUAUGGCUACAGUAAUUGGACUUUGCUUGCGUGUGAAAUUGAUGCGAAGUUUACCCUCACGCUACAAGGUGGACAUAAGAGUAGCACCUGGAACUCAUGCUACUGAAGCAGCAGUAAAUAAGCAGUUGAAUGAUAAAGAAAGAGUUGCCGCAGCGCUUGAAAACCCUAACCUUGUAAACAUGGUUGAUGAAUGCUUGGCCCCGUCUUAUGAUUGAAUGAACAAACAGCAUCAUAAUCCAAACUAUGAGAUUUCUUUUGAGAAUUUGGCUUUUCAAUACUUGAUUGUGUUCAUUAUGAUAAUUAUUUUUUAUGCUAUGACUUCCUCAUUUAUUAUCUUGCCAAUUUACUUGUAAAAGACACAUUUGAUUUGGAAUCAGUUUUUUUCUUUUUAAUAUAUGUAAAAUUUUAAAUAUUAAUUAUAGUGAUAACACAUCUUCAAGCCUU